AUGUAGGAAAAAAGAGAGUUGAAAAAUAUCUAGAAGAUGAAGUAACUGAAGAAGAGAUAAUUAAUCCUAAAAAUCUUGAUGAAGCUGUUGUAAGUAUCUUUAUUUUAUGACUCAAGAAUGAAGAACUUUAAACAGCUGUUAUUCAUAAUGUGGCAGAAUUCUAAUUUAGAUUUUUAUUAGUUUAAUAAAUUGGAAAUUAAGAUAUUCCCUGGUAGUUUAACUUUACAGAUAUUUGUCAACAACUUGAAACUCAAAUUAUUGAAACUAUUAAUCCUUAAUUACCUUAAUUAGAAGUUUAUUAAUAUUGA